AUGUUAUUAUUGCUGUUUUUGUUGUUGUUACUGUUUUUGGCCCGUGCCAACAUUGCUGCUGACCUAAGCUCAAAUCAAUGCAAACGCACCCUCUUGUACCUCCGCAUCACUGGUCCCCACAAGGUCAAGGCUGUUGGUCAUCGUAAGACUAACUUGGGCUAUACCAGCGAAAAGAAUCUUUUACCAAUUCCUGAUACUCCUCGUCAAGAUUCUAAGGUCCAUACAAUAACAGAUUCGCGUACUGGACUGUGCUCAUUCGGUAAAUCUAAUGGCGUACUCUAA